AUGGCUGCCUCUGGGUCGCCCCGUGAUGGUCGAGGCGCCGAGGAGGACGAGGCGGCGCGCAGCGGCAGCAAGUCGCUAGACGCCGAAUGUAACGACCGCUCAAAUGGGAGCGGGGACCGGGAUCACCGCGGCAAGUUGAAGCGGCGGGAGGAGGAGGAGAGCGAGAGCUCCGGAGAUGACUCCGGCGAGCGACGGAAACGGCGUAGAAAGGUGAAAGAGCGCCGGCGCCGGCGCCGCAGCCGCAGCGAGAGCUCGGGCUCGUCGUCAGAGUCGGAGUCCGAGUCGUCGUACUCGGGGUCCAGCGUGGAGUCUGAGAGCGAGUCGGAGUUGGAUUCGGAGGAGGAGAGGCGGCGGCGGCGGCGCAAGAGGAGGAAGGAGAGGGAGGAGGAGAGGAGACGAAGGAAGAAGGAGAAGGAGAAGGAGAGGAGGAAGAGGAAGGAGAAGGAAAAGGAGAAGGAGAGGAGGAGGAAGGAGAAGAAGAAGAGGAAGGAGGAGAAGAAGAAUUUGGGGAAGAAGGGCGCAGUGACCAACUCGUGGGGGAAAUAUGGCAUCAUCCGUGAGGUCGAUAUGUGGAGCAAGCGACCAGAGUUCACUGCAUGGCUAUCAGAAGUCAAGCAGGUUAAUUUGGAGGCAUUGUCAAAUUGGGAAGAGAAGCAAAUGUUCAAGGAAUUCAUGGAGGAUCACAAUACAGCCACUUUCCCGUCAAAAAAAUAUUAUAAUUUAGAUGCUUAUCAUCGCAAAGCAAUGGAGAAAGAGAAAAAGAAGGGUUUAAAGAUGUCUGUGACAGAACGUACAGUAUUUAAUGAUGAGGAACAGCGAAGAUUAGAAUUGUUGAAGGAGCGUGAACGACGAAAGGAGGAAGAAGUGGAAGCUUUAAAACGCUCUAUGCAAGCUGGACUGGCUCAAGACAUGAAGGAGCAGGCCCGUCUACGCGAAGAAAUGAACUACCAAUACAGGUUGGGCAAUUUUCAGGCUGCAGCUGCAAUCCAGAAAAGAUUGGAUCCUGAUGCUCCUUUGCAGUAA